CAUGAAAAAACGAAGAGUGGAAAAGAUAUACGAAGAAGAUGAUGCUGGAAAAUUGUGGUUGAGGUGAAUGAAUAUUGGAGUGAGUGAGUAACCAUUCCAUUAUCCAACCCAAUCAUAAUGGCACUAAGACUGAGAGUGACAUCCUUUUCUUCACCGUUUGUUUCAACUGCCUCUGGAUUCUCACUCUCCCAAUCAUGCUCUGUUUCCAAACAGUGUUUUCACCCUCUUCGCUUCCAACUCAAUACUAGAAACUACUCAUACCCAACAAGGCUUGUCAUUAAAGCUGCCAGAACAGAGUCCAAAGGUGUUUCCUUGGGUUUCAGAGCUCCUCAAUUUCAGCUUGCAGAGCCUCUUACUGGGAAGGUUUGGACAUUGGAAGAUUUUGAAGCACAUCCAGCUCUACUGGUUAUGUUUAUAUGCAACCACUGUCCAUUUGUCAAGCACCUGAAAAAAGACAUUGUAAAGCUUACUAAAUUCUAUAUGAAGAAAGGACUUGCUGUCAUUGCAAUAUCUUCUAAUUCUGUAGCUACACACCCCCAGGAUGGACCAGAAUUUAUGGCAGAAGAUGCUAAGUUGUUUGGUUAUCCUUUCCCAUACCUAUACGAUGAGUCACAGGAUGUUGCACUUGAUUUUGGAGCUGUUUGUACACCAGAAUUUUACCUUUUCAAAAAGGAUGGUCGAAGGCCGUUUGAGCUGGUUUAUCAUGGUCAAUUUGAUGAUUCAAGGCCAAGUAGUAACAUACAAGUAACUGGAAGAGACUUGAGCUUGGCAAUAGAUCGUGUUCUGAGUGGCCAGCAGGUACCAUCAGAGCAAACACCUAGUGUUGGAUGCAGCAUAAAGUGGCACCCAGGAAAGAAGUUUUGAUCUGUGUACCUUGUAAUUAACGUGCUCAAGAUUGUAAUAAAGGAGCCACUGACUGUAUUGUUGUUAUUAAAUAGAAGUAAUAAAUAAUGCUGUUGUACAUGAACUGAAUUAAAUACUGUUUUGGGGGCAAAAGAACUAGAGAUGCAUACAUACAUUAUUAUUACAUUUGUAAUUGAUUAAUUAACGAAGUUAACGUUUCUUGUAUGGGAA